AUGGGGACAAGGCAGCUCGGAGCUCAUUGCCACGACAGCGUCGGAUUCCAGCUCAAGUUGACCCACGUCGACGCGGGCACGUCCUACACCAAGCUUGAGCUCCUCAGCCGCGCCAUUGCCCGGAGCAAGGCCCGCGUGGCCGCGCUGCAGUCCGCCGCCGUGUCGGCGCCACCCGUGGUGGACCCGAUCACGGCGGCGCGCGUCCUCGUGACGGCCAGCAGCGGCGAGUACAUGGUGGACCUGGCCAUCGGCACGCCGCCGCUGUACUACACGGCCAUCAUGGACACCGGGAGCGACCUCAUCUGGACGCAGUGCGCGCCCUGCCUGCUCUGCGCCGACCAGCCCACGCCCUACUUCGACGCGAAGAAGUCCGCCACGUACCGCGCCGUCCCGUGCCGGUCGUCGCGGUGA